UUUUAAAUCCGCCUGUUCGGUGGUCUAAGCUUUGAGUCAACGCUGCACGCGUUUACAGACAGAUCAAGAAGAGUCGACCCAACACUGAAAAUCCAACGUAGUCUUACUUUUUGAAACAAACAGCGACACUCCACGAUGAAUUAUGGAGUUUGGUUUGCAAUUUGUAACGUUUUUUCAAGUGUGCUUUUCCUCACCGAUUCUCUUAGCCACCACAACGUCGUUGGUGGCAGCGAUUGUAAAGGCAAGGCCUACUACAUCUUAACAUUUCGGGCGGAAUGGAGCAACGACACUCAUCCUUCGCCGGUUUUCCCGGAGAACGCCAUGUUUUCCGAACUCAUCGGAGCUACACACGGGAGCGCUUACGAAAUGUGGAGACGACACCAGAACGCCUCAAUCGGCGUACAGAAAGUUGCCGAGACAGGCAAUAACAGCAUUCUUUACAAAGAGUUGUACCGCGAACUUCGCUAUGGGAAUGUCAGAUCAGUGAUCAAAGCUACUGGACCGACCAAGACUCCUGGAAACACGACACUGGCCGAUCUCCUGCAUGUUGACGAAGACAGAUCAUUGGUCUCCUUGGUAACAAUGAUCUUCCCGUCUCCUGAUUGGUUCCUGGGGAUAUCGAAUGUUGAUAUGUGUGAUCGAAUGACAGGGAAAUGGAGAGAAGAAUACUCGCGUGACCUGUGGCCGUACGAUUCUGGUACGGAUGAUGGAACGUCCUUUGAAAGCCCAGAUUCACCAUCAGAUCCCAGGCAAAACAUAACACUCAUUAAAAAAGACGAUGAAACAAAUUUCAAGACAAACUCUUCAAUUAGGCGUCUGGGUACCUUCACUUUUACAAGGGUUCCAACAAAGAAGUGCAAAGGAAAAGCUUAUUACGUUUUAACAUUCAAUGCAACGUGGAGCAACGAAACUCAUCCCUCGCCAGUGUUUCCAAAGAAUGCAAAGUUUUCAAGACUCAUUGGAGCAACUCACAACAUGUACUAUGAAAUGUGGCGUCGAGGAAAAAUAGCUUCACCCGGAGUCAGAACAGUUGCUGAGACAGGUAACAUAAGUCUUCUUGCAACGGAGGUAUAUCAUCAAGAACGCCAAGGGAAUGUAAAAUCAGCGAUUGUUUCAGGAGGACCCACCUAUACCCCUGGAAAAACAGAACUUAUGAACAUCCAUGUUGAUACCGAUCGAUCCAUGGUUUCCUUAAUAACAAUGAUCUUCCCAUCACCAGAUUGGUUCUUGGGAAUAUCAAAUGUUGAUAUGUGCAACCCAAAGACCGGAGAAUGGAGGGAGAGUUUAGAACGAUAUCUGUUACCAUACGACUCAGGAACUGAUGAUGGAAAUUCGUUUGAAAGUCCUGAUUCCCCUUCAAAACCCAAGAAGAAUAUAUUCCUUAUUGGAAAUGAAGAUGAUACCAACUUCAAAAGUUAUUCCAAAAUUGAACCACUCGGCAAAUUCACUUUCAAGAAGAUGCCAACAAAGAAGUGCAAUGGUAAAGCUUAUUACAGUUUGACAUUCAAAGCAACAUGGAGCAACGAAACUCAUCCCUCACCAGUGUUUCCAAAGAAUGCAAAGUUUUCACAACUCAUUGGAGCCACUCAUAAUAUGUACUACGAAAUGUGGCGUCGAGGAAAAAUGGCCUCACCCGGAGUGAGAAAUGUUGCUGAGACAGGAAGUGAAUGUCUUCUCGAGGCAGAAAUACAGAAACAGAAAAGAUAUGGCAACGCCUACUCCCUAAUAAAAGGAGACGCAGCAAUCAGCACACCUGGAGAGAGAACUUUAACAAACAUUCAUGUCGAUGAAGAACGAUCUAUGGUUUCCUUAAUAACAAUGAUAUUCCCAUCACCAGAUUGGUUCUUGGGAAUAUCAAAUGUUGAUAUGUGCAACCCAAUCACAGGUGAAUGGAGGGAAAGUUUAGAACGAUAUCUGCUGCCAUAUGACUCAGGAACUGACGAUGGAAAUUCGUUUGAAAGUCAAGAUUACCCUACAAAACCCAGAAAAAAUAUAUUCCUCAUUGGAAAUGAAGAUAAUACCAACUUCAAGAGCGAUUCCAAAAUUGAACCACUUGGCAAAUUCACUUUCAAGAAGAUGCCAACAAAGAAGUGUAAAGGAAAAGCUUAUUACAUUUUAACAUUCAAAGCAACAUGGAGCAACGAGACUCAUCCCUCGCCAGUGUUUCCAAAGAAUGCAAUGUUUUCACCACUUAUUGGAGCAACUCACAACACGAAAUACGAAAUGUGGCGUCGAGGAAAAAUGGCAUCACCUGGCGUCCAAGACGUUGCUGAGAAAGGAGAUCCAAAUGUUGCUGCUAAAGAAAUUUACAAUCAACAUCGUUAUGGAAACGUUAAAUCACCUAUCCUUAGCAACGGUACCAUUAAAACUCCAGGAACCACAACAUUGAUGGAUCUUCAUGUGGACGAAUAUCGUUCGUUAGUAUCCGUUAUAACAAUGAUAUUCCCAUCACCAGAUUGGUUUUUAGGAAUAUCAAAUGUUGAUAUGUGCAACCCAAUGACAGGAGAAUGGAGGGAGAGUUUAGAACGAUAUCUGUUACCAUAUGACUCAGGAACUGAUGAUGGAAAUUCGUUUGACAGUCCAGAUCAACCUUCAAAACCAAAGAAGAAUAUAUUCCUCAUUGGAAAUGAAGAUAACACCAAUUUCAAGAGUGAUUCAAAAAUUGAACCUCUCGGCAAAUUCACUUUCAAGAAGAUGCCAACAAAGAAGUGUAAAGGAAAAGCUUAUUACACUUUAACAUUCAAAGCAACAUGGAGCAACAAAACUCAUCCCUCGCCAGCGUUUCCAAAGAAUGCAAUGUUUUCACGACUCAUUGGAGCAACUCACAACACGAAAUACGAAAUGUGGCGUCGAGGAAAAAUGGCCUCACCUGGCGUCCAAGACGUUGCUGAGAAAGGAGAUCCAAAUGUUGCUGCUAAAGAAAUUUACAAUCAACAUCGUUAUGGAAACGUUAAAUCACCUAUCCUUAGCAACGGUACCAUUAAAACUCCAGGAACCAUAACAUUGAUGGAUCUUCAUGUGGACGAAUAUCGUUCGUUAGUAUCCGUUAUAACAAUGAUAUUCCCAUCACCAGAUUGGUUUUUAGGAAUAUCAAAUGUUGAUAUGUGCAACCCAAUGACAGGAGAAUGGAGGGAGAGUUUAGAACGAUAUCUGUUACCAUAUGACUCAGGAACUGACGAUGGAAAUUCGUUUAAAAGUCCAGAUUACCCUUCAAAACCCAAGAAGAAUAUAUUCCUCAUUGGAAAUGAAGAUGAUACCAACUUCAAGAGCGAUUCCAAAAUUGAACCUCUCGGCAAGUUCACCUUCAAAAAGAUGCCAACAAAGAAGUGUAAAGGAAAAGCUUAUUACAGUUUAACAUUCAAAGCAACAUGGAGCAACGAGACUCACCCCUCGCCAGCGUUUCCAAAGAAUGCAAUGUUUUCACCUCUCAUUGGAGCAACUCACAACACGAAAUACGAAAUGUGGCGUCGAGGAAAAAUGGCCUCACCUGGCGUCCAAGACGUAGCUGAGAAAGGAGAUCCAAAUGUUGCUGCUAAAGAAAUUUACAAUCAACAUCGUUAUGGAAACGUUAAAUCACCUAUCCUUAGCAACGGUACCAUUAAAACUCCAGGAACCACAACAUUGAUGGAUCUUCAUGUGGACGAAUUUCGUUCGUUAGUAUCCGUUAUAACAAUGAUAUUCCCAUCACCAGAUUGGUUUUUAGGAAUAUCAAAUGUUGAUAUGUGCAACCCGAUGACAGGCGAAUGGAGGGAGAGUUUAGAACGAUAUCUGUUACCAUAUGACUCAGGAACUGAUGAUGGAAAUUCGUUUGAAAGUCCAGAUUACCCUUCAAAACCCAAGAAGAAUAUAUUCCUCAUUGGAAAUGAAGAUAAUACCAACUUCAAGAGCGAUUCCAAAAUUGAACCUCUCGGCAAAUUCACUUUCAAGAAGAUGCCAACAAAGAAAUGUAAAGGAAAAGCUUAUUACAUUUUAACAUUCAAAGCAACAUGGAGCAACGAAACUCAUCCCUCACCAGCGUUUCCAAAGAAUGCAAUGUUUUCACCACUCAUUGGAGCAACUCACAACACGAAAUACGAAAUGUGGCGUCGAGGAAAAAUGGCCUCACCUGGCGUCCAAGACGUUGCUGAGAAAGGAGAUCCAAAUGUUGCUGCUAAAGAAAUUUACAAUCAACAUCGUUAUGGAAACGUUAAGUCACCUAUCCUUAGCAACGGUACCAUUAAAACUCCAGGAACCACAACAUUGAUGGAUCUUCAUGUGGACGAAUAUCGUUCGUUAGUAUCCGUUAUAACAAUGAUAUUCCCAUCACCAGAUUGGUUUUUAGGAAUAUCAAAUGUUGAUAUGUGCAACCCGAUGACAGGCGAAUGGAGGGAGAGUUUAGAACGAUAUCUGUUACCAUAUGACUCAGGAACUGAUGAUGGAAAUUCGUUUGAAAGUCCAGAUUACCCUUCAAAACCAAAGAAGAAUAUAUUCCUCAUUGGAAAUGAAGAUGAUACCAACUUCAAGAGCGAUUCCAAAAUUGAACCUCUCGGCAAAUUCACUUUCAAGAAGAUACCAACAAAGAAAUGUAAAGGAAAAGCUUACUACAUUUUAACAUUCAAAGCAACAUGGAGCAACGAAACUCAUCCCUCACCAGCGUUUCCAAAGAAUGCAAUGUUUUCACCACUCAUUGGAGCAACUCACAACACGAAAUACGAAAUGUGGCGUCGAGGAAAAAUGGCCUCACCUGGCGUCCAAGACGUUGCUGAGAAAGGAGAUCCAAAUGUUGCUGCUAAAGAAAUUUACAAUCAACAUCGUUAUGGAAACGUUAAAUCACCUAUCCUUAGCAACGGUACCAUUAAAACUCCAGGAACCACAACAUUGAUGGAUCUUCAUGUGGACGAAUAUCGUUCAUUAGUAUCCGUUAUAACAAUGAUCUUCCCAUCACCAGAUUGGUUUUUAGGAAUAUCAAAUGUUGAUAUGUGCAACCCAAUGACAGGAGAAUGGAGGGAGAGUUUAGAACGAUAUCUGUUACCAUAUGACUCAGGAACUGAUGAUGGAAAUUCGUUUGACAGUCCAGAUCAACCUUCAAAACCAAAGAAGAAUAUAUUCCUCAUUGGAAAUGAAGAUAACACCAAUUUCAAGAGUGAUUCCAAAAUUGAACCUCUCGGCAAGUUCACUUUCAAGAAGAUGCCAACAAAGAAGUGUAAAGGAAAAGCUUAUUACAUUUUAACAUUCAAAGCAACAUGGAGCAACGAAACUCAUCCCUCGCCCGUGUUUCCAAAGAAUGCAAUGUUUUCACCACUUAUUGGGGCAACUCAUAACACGAAAUACGAAAUGUGGCGUCGAGGAAAAAUGGCCUCACCUGGCGUCCAAGACGUUGCUGAGAAAGGAGAUCCAAAUGUUGCUGCUAAAGAAAUUUACAAUCAACAUCGUUAUGGAAACGUUAAGUCACCUAUCCUUAGCAACGGUACCAUUAAAACUCCAGGAACCACAACAUUGAUGGAUCUUCAUGUGGACGAAUAUCGUUCGUUAGUAUCCGUUAUAACAAUGAUCUUCCCAUCACCAGAUUGGUUUUUAGGAAUAUCAAAUGUUGAUAUGUGCAACCCAAUGACAGGAGAAUGGAGGGAGAGUUUAGAACGAUAUCUGUUACCAUAUGACUCAGGAACUGAUGAUGGACAUUCGUUUGAAAGUCAAGAUUACCCUUCAAAACCAAAGAAGAAUAUAUUCCUCAUUGGAAAUGAAGAUGAUACCAACUUCAAGAGCAAUUCCAAAAUUGAACCUCUCGGCAAGUUCACCUUCAAAAAGAUGCCAACAAAGAAGUGUAAAGGAAAAGCUUAUUACAUUUUAACAUUCAAAGCAACAUGGAGCAACGAAACUCAUCCCUCGCCAGCGUUUCCAAAGAAUGCAAUGUUCUCACCACUCAUUGGAGCAACUCACAACACGAAAUACGAAAUGUGGCGUCGAGGAAAAAUGGCCUCACCUGGCGUCAAAGACGUGGCUGAGAAAGGAGAUCCAAAUGUUGCUGCUAAAGAAAUUUACAAUCAACAUCGUUAUGGAAACGUUAAAUCACCUAUCCUUAGCAACGGUACCAUUAAAACUCCAGGAACCACAACAUUGAUGGAUCUUCAUGUGGACAAAUAUCGUUCGUUAGUAUCCGUUAUAACAAUGAUCUUCCCAUCACCAGAUUGGUUUUUAGGAAUAUCAAAUGUUGAUAUGUGCAACCCAAUGACAGGAGAAUGGAGGGAGAGUUUGGAACGAUAUCUGUUACCAUAUGACUCAGGAACUGAUGAUGGAAAUUCGUUUGAAAGUCCAAAUUACCCUUCAAAACCAAAGAAGAAUAUAUUCCUCAUUGGAAAUGAAGAUGAUACCAAUUUCAAAAGUUAUUCCAAAAUUGAACCUCUCGGCAAAUUCACUUUCAAGAAGAUGCCAACAAAGAAGUGUAAAGGAAAAGCGUAUUACCGUUUGACAUUCAAAGCAACAUGGAGCAACGAAACUCAUCCCUCGCCCGUGUUUCCAAAGAAUGCAAUGUUUUCACCACUCAUUGGAGCAACUCAUAACAUGUACUAUGAAAUGUGGCGUCGUGGAAAAAUGGCUUCACCCGGAGUUAGAACAGUUGCUGUGACAGGAAACAACACCAUCCUUUCAAACGAGAUUUACCGUCAAAAACUAUAUGGCAACGUUCUCAUGCAUUUUGGUGCGAAAGGGGCCACGAAAACGCCAGGAGUUCUAAACCUCACCAAAAUUCUUGUAAACGAAAGCCAUUCUCUGAUAUCUGCAAUCAGCAUGAUUUUCCCAUCUCCCGACUGGUUUCUUGGAAUUUCAAACAUGGACAUGUGCAACAUGGCGACGGGAGAGUGGCGAGAGCGUUACACCAGGGACCUUCUACCUUACGAUUCCGGAUCAGACGAUGGAACCUCAUUUGGGAGUCCAGAUUCACCCUCGAAUCCUAGAAAGAAUAUUUUCCUUAUCGGCAACGAAGAUGAAUCGAGUUUCAAGAGUCGUGCAGAGAUAAGGAGCCUGGGAGUUUUGGUUUUAGAAAGAGUUGAAGAGAGUAAUGACGAUAACAACGUUGAUGAUAACAAUAAUGGCAGAGAUAAUGGCGACGAUAAUAAAUCAAGCUCCCCUUCCCAUAAUGGUUAUAAAAUUUUUAUAGCCUUCACCUCUUUCCUGGUUAUUUUCAUUGUACAAACAUGAAUUGUAGAUAAGUUAUAAUUUAAUUUUGUAAUUAGUUGAUUAAUAAGCUGAUCAACAUGUUUUUCAAAACAUGAUAUAACCUCAGUAUUUCUGUUGUGACAUUUUAGGAAUGUGAAGUUAAAGAAGAAUGUUUUUCAAAACUGGGUAUAUCCUCGGUAUUUCUAUAUUACUUUAUCAUUUAUGUGCUCUAUGUAUCAUUACAAGAAACGUUUAAAGCGUUUUAUGCCUCUCUAGGAAACAUAUGCUCUAAAAUUCCCUGAUGUUCAGUUGUAAUGCACUUGCCUACAACAAUUACAAUUCAAAAUGGCGGCCAAAGUCAUUGAUAACUGGUCUACUAAUAUUAGAUUUAAUCCGAAAUACCUGCAUAACGAAUAUCAUAAAUGUAUUUAUCGUUUUAUCUAUCUUAGUACAGUUGGAAUGUUCUAAUAUAAUUUGACGAAAUGCCUGAUUUCGCACAUCUGGGAGAUCUAUGAAUAUUACAUUUGUCUGUCGUUGAAAGUUUCCCUAAUUGCAUUUUUAAAAUUACAUUGAAAAUAACUAGGUAUCUUUUUAAC